AUCGAGUUGAGCGAAUGAAUGAAUUACGACAUCUGAAAUUUCCAAUGUCGAGCCCUCGCUGUCAAGUCGGCCUCUGCCAUUUCAUUAUCGGGCUCUACAUGGCAACCAGCGGCCACUUCAUUGAUACGGAUCUACCAUCUUUCGAUGCUUUCAGCCGGCCAAUCGUCCAACGUCAGAUCUCGGCCGACGGUUCGGGAAUGAGACUGCCAAUCAUGGCUUUAUCAAGCUGGACCUGCCCGGCUGGCACGCUAGCUGGCGCUAGAAAGAAGAGCGACACACGCCUUGCUGCAAGCAAACGAGCGUCCAGAAUAAAAUAAAAUAAAAUAAAAAAAGUCGUCAUCCUCCACCAUCGAGCCGCGCUGUCGUCGACGGCAGGCAAAGAGGCGGCCUUUGGGGGCAACGGCUCAACCAGGGUUUGGCGACCAGGGCAGACAGGGAGAGGAGGCGCCUGGUUGGAUCUUGCUUGCUUCCGCCCCUCCCCAGCAGACAGGGGCCCCGGCCACAAACAAGAGCUCGCGAUGGAUUCAUGUGUGCAUUGUCACAUCGAAGGGAGGGGAACGCACGAGGGCAGCGGCUACGACUCACUGAGAAUCGUCUGUUGCUUGCAUCACCUGCCCGUUUGCGGAACCGGCAUCCCUACUGCAUCACAGUUGCCCCUCACUUAUUCUUUUUUUUUACUGUCAAUGAGAGCUUUAUGCCG